GCAGGGAGUCAGAGUUUACUUGGCCAGACUUUGAACGCAUCUGGACUCAGUAAAAGAAGAAGAACCCCUGCAGCUAGACUUCUCCGUUACUCUCUUGUUAUGAACACCGUCUGCAAUAUAUAGAAGCGCGCAACUCCUUUCUUACAACAACUUGUUGCUUUCAAUUUGGUGGUUGUUGUACUCUUGAGCGGCACUUUUCAUAUCGUCAUGUGCGGGCUAACAGGCUAACGUUAACGGAAUACUAGCUUCAACUCCCCGUGCGGGAACCAGCGGAGUCCGGACGCAGCUUCCUGUCCCUGUGGCGUUUGAAAUAGUAAAAAUUGAAGUAAACAUGGGGGAAAAUAGGGGGUACUUAGGACCGUUUCGCUACCUCCAGGAUCCGCACCUUGUCGCACAGUUUCAACACAUUUGUGGAGUUCGUGGGUCCUUUUCUACGAGCGCCUCCACCGCCGCUUCCAGCCGGGAAGAGGAGCGGACUCUACCGCGCAACAAUGGGACUUGUCUGCAUCACAUUACUGGGGAAAAUGUGAGUGAAAAUGGGUCUAGAGACACUGGCGUUCGACAUAGGAUAGGGCUGUCAAGUGCGGACAAAAAACACGGGGAUAACUCUAAAAAUGCUCCCCAUAACGGGGCGAGCAUCCGGGGAGAGGCGCCCAGCAAGAGUCGCAGCCUCACGGGAGAACCCAAGUCAGACGAAUGCAGUGAAGGUUCCUCAUCAAUGAGCGGCACAGUAAAACCUCUGCGCAGAAACUCUCUGACGGGUGACGCCGGCCAGGAGUUCCUGAUCGAGAACCGGUUCUUGUACUACCUCUUCACCUUCGGAACUGAGCUGGGCAACGAGCUCUUCUACAUCAUCUUCUUCCCUUUCAUCAUCUGGAACCUGGACCCUUUCGUGGGCAGGAGGCUGAUCAUAGUGUGGGUUUGGGUCAUGUACAUGGGACAGUGUACCAAGGAUGUGAUCGGUUGGCCGCGUCCCGCUUCGCCGCCCGUGGUCAAAGUGGAGAUGUUUUACAACUCGGAGUACAGUAUGCCCUCCACCCACGCCAUGUCGGGCACGGCCAUUCCAUUCUCCCUCUUCCUCAUCACAUAUGGACGAUGGGAGUACCCUCCGACACUGGGCUUCAGUCUGGCGCUGUGCUGGUGUCUGCUGGUCUGCAUCAGUCGAAUCUACCUGGGGAUGCACUCUGUCCUGGACGUUAUUGUUGGAGUCCUCUAUAGUGCCCUGAUCCUCCUCUUCUUUCUCCCUGCCCUGGAACUGAUUGACAACUUCAACCUGACGUGUCGUUACGCCCCGCUCAUCAUCAUCUCACUCCACCUGGGCCUGGGCCUCUUCUCCUUCACCCUGGACACCUGGAGCACAUCACGAGGUGACACCGCUCAGAUCCUGGGCACAGGCGCUGGUGUGGCCUUAGCCUCACACAUCAACUACAACCUGGGUCUGCUGCCGGACCCAACGCCGGAGCAGCUGCCAUUGGUCUUGCCCCCACUUAGCAUGGGUCUGGUGGGGGGUGCCCUGAUCAGGAUAGUAGUGGGGGUUCCGGACGUUAUUGUUGGAGUCCUCUAUAGUGCCCUGAUCCUCCUCUUCUUUCUCCCUGCCCUGGAACUGAUUGACAACUUCAACCUGACGUGUCGUUACGCCCCGCUCAUCAUCAUCUCACUCCACCUGGGCCUGGGCCUCUUCUCCUUCACCCUGGACACCUGGAGCACAUCACGAGGUGACACCGCUCAGAUCCUGGGCACAGGCGCUGGUGUGGCCUUAGCCUCACACAUCAACUACAACCUGGGUCUGCUGCCGGACCCAACGCCGGAGCAGCUGCCAUUGGUCUUGCCCCCACUUAGCAUGGGUCUGGUGGGGGCUGCCAUGAUAAGGAUAGUAGUGGGGGUCCUGGUGCUGGUGGCCACGAGGGCUUUGAUGAAGGCUCUCACCAUUCCAUUGGUGUGCUGGGUGGUUGGAGUUCCCAGUCAGGAUGUGAGGAAGGCUCGGCAGCACAUGGAGGUGGAGCUGCCGUACAGAUACAUCGUCUACGGCACGGUGGGCCUGAAUGUUCUCUUCCUGGUUCCUCUGCUCUUCACUUAUCUGCACCUGUCCUGA